ACGUCAGUCGCGGAGUCGCCGAGGCUCGCGGAUUUUCUCUCCCGUUUAAAUUCCGCAGGAUCCCCCCCUGUAGGAUUUUUCUUGAAAAUGAGACCAUGGGCCAAUCAAGGAAUACUCCCCGGACACUAACGCCUCGUCGGGUGCACUCUUGCUGCGCGUGGAAGGACGUAAAUCGGUGGAAAUAAGGGUGAUGUUCGGCCGCGGCUGGGCAAGGGCUGCGGAUCGGUCGGGAUUUAAAAUGGGAAAUGGACCUCGCAGGUGUUGCAGGAUCGGAGGCCUUGAAACACUGGCCUUUAUCGUCAUUUUAAUCUUCGCACAAUGCUGUCUUUGUCAGAGUGAAAGUGUCCCCCAAAACACAGAGGACAGAGUAAAGACAGAUGGUGCGAGACGUAACCUAGACAAGGUGUUGACUCCACCCCACACGUCAAAUCCAAAACGACAUGAGAUUCAUUCAAGAAGUAGUGUGGAGAAUGCCAAGAGAGUUUUAGGAAUCCUUGAAACUCGCUCUAGCACUAAGUCACCAGCACCCAGUCCCAAACCUGCACAAAAGGUAUUUAUUUUCGAAGAUAAUAAACGUGGUGGCAAGCAUCAAGGACCAAGGGUAAUUUUUGCCGAGGAUGUUGUUCCGAAAGAAAGAAAACCGAAAGCGGAAAAGUCUCCAGUCGAAGCUCCUGUUGCAGAAGACCUCGUGGAUGAGAAACCAUCAAAAAGGUCAAAAUCAAGUAGUACCAUAGCAGAUGACUCCGUUUCUGAAGAUGAAACACAGUUAAAACCAACACAAGAAACACACAGGCAAAGAUAAGGCCUUGAGAGUCAAGUUUAUAUCAGAUAUUGAGAAAAUUACUGAAGAGGAAACUAUCAGUCAGAAUGAGCCCCUCGAUUCAGGAAAGCUAGACCCAAAAGAGAACUUUUCUGAGAGCAAAGGCAACGAAGAGAAACGAGCGGAAAAAGCAGCGGAAGGACAUGAUGCUGACGAAAAUAAGAAAAGUGACGAGCCUAAGGACUUGCCAGAGAAAGUGGACCAAUAUGUAAAGUCGACCAUUUCCAAAGACAAGGGUGGAGCUCGGGAAGAGAAGUCAGAGCUUGAAAAAAGGGCUGAUGACAUUGUAGAUAUAGAGGUUCCUGAUGAGGCGUACGUAAGGGAGAAGGCAAACUUACUGACAGCUUUACGUAGGAAAGUUCAUGAUAUGGUGGAGAGUGAAAGCGUUGAUAAAGUGAGUGACAAAAGUGAUGUGAAAGAUGCAGAGAAAGUGGAGAAGGAAGUAGAAGAGAAGAAACAAACACAAACGGCUUUGGACGAAAUGGAAGAUAGCUUGCCGCCCGUCGCGGGAGGCCUGGAGGUGGAGAAGGAGGUCCUGAGCGCCAUCGAGGCCCGGGGUAGCUCGGUGGUCAACGUCACCAUCAGCCCCGCGCGGGUCCUCGACGACGGGGUCCACAACGUCCACAGGAAGGUCCUCACGCAGCAUCUGAAGGGAAGCUGACGCAUUUCUUAGGCGCCAGGGAAUUCUUCAACAGCAUCUCGAGCAAGAACUUCACGCGCAUCCACAGCGGCCGGGCCAUUCAGCUGGUGGAGGGAGAGGCCAACGAAACCCAGUGACGUAAGGAAGAGACCAGGGAAGGAGAAGGGCCAGGAAGAUGUCGAGAGAGGCAAAGAGAAGGAGAGAGGGAAGGAAGGAACCAAAAGUCGCGAAGGAGGUCUGAGGGAGAAAGAGAGAGAAAGUGAGGACCAAGGCAAGGACUCGGUGGAGCAACAGAGCGAAGGUGCACAGCCAGAAGACGGCGAUGACAGAGGGACCAUGAGUGCUGAUGCUGACCAUGGUUACGAGGAAUCGGAGGAAACGAAGGAGAAGAAGAAGCAAAGGGAGGUCAAGAAACCCCUAGACACCCCGACCCCAGUGCCGGAAGCGAGAGCAGAGAGCGACGGCAGUGAGGACAAACAAGCAGAAGAGGUUACCGAUACCGAACCGGAGGAAAAGAAGGAGAAAGAUAUCGGCACCGUAGAAGAACCAGAGAAAACGGACCUGGGCGAGGAGGAGAAGAAGAAGAAGAAAAGAAAGGAAGAAGGGCAAGAGAAGGAGAAAGAGAAAGGCCCGGGACCAGAGGAACAAAGAGCAGAAGCAGGUAAAGAGGAACCCCAGGACGCUGUGAGUGACAAGAAAGACUCUGAAGAGGAACCCAGUGAGGCGACAGAAGAGAAAGAGAAGACGAAAGACCAGGCAGAAGAGGAACAGAAAGAAGAGCAGAAGGAGGAAAUCUCCAGAGGGUCUUCGAAGGAAGAGGAAAGCCAAGACAAAGCUGAAGACGCGAAGGAACACGAGGGCGAAGACAAGAAGCAGAAAGAAACAAAAACUGCCAAAGAAAAGGAAAUAGACGAAGAGAAAGGAGAGAGGCCGACGACCAACAUCACAAAGGCGGACAGAGAAACGGGAGAUCAGGAGAAGGCGAAGAAGAAGCAACAGGCAGAAUCCGCGAAGAUCAAGAAGACGAAAGAGGGAGCAGAAGAGGGCAAAGCGGACAAGAAAGAAGAGGAGAAGAGUCCCGAUACCUUGGAGACGUACAGCCAGUUUACGCAGAGGGUCAACGCGGAGAAGAAAAAUGACGGUAGGGAAGGACCUUGCAAUAACCUUUUGUCCGUGAUCCAUUCAAACAGGGAUGAGUACAUGUUGAACAAGUGCAGGGACAAGAUUUGGUUCAUUAUUGAACUCUGCGAGAGCAUCCGACCACAAAAGUUUGACAUUGCCAAUUUUGAACUCUUCAGUAAUUUACCGAAGGAAAUCCAGGUAUCGGGAAGCCACCGCUAUCCGUCGCGUGAUUGGUCUUCUCUGGGGCGGUUCACGGCGCAGGAGGGCAACCGCGGCGUCCAGUCCUUCCACGUGGACACAGAGGACUUUUACAAAUACGUCAAGGUUGAAGUCCUGAGUCAUUAUGGUUCGGAAUUCUUCUGCCCAAUAUCUCUUUUUCGCAUUUACGGUCUGUCUGAGUUUGAAGUCAUUGAUACAAUAGAAGAUGUUAGUGAGGACAGUGAAGACAGCGAAGAAACUUUCACAGAAGCAGUGGACGAAGAAAUUUCUGGAAAGAAGCACAAAGGUAAUAUGAUCAUGGAGAUAGAGAUCAAAAUCCACACCUGA